UUGGGUUCCUCCUUUCCAAUUAUUUUACUUGGGACUAAGAUCUUGCAAGUUGGGCCCCACCUUUCCCAGUUGGCUGCAGACUCAACGCUCCUUAACUUACCUGAAUAUUUCUGAUACCAGGCUUAACGGUUCAGUACCAGAAUGGUUUUGGAACAACCUACAAAAUAUGGAAAUUUUGGAUAUGUCACACAACAAUCUAACAGGUCCAAUUUUCAAUUUGCAACCAAAGCUUCUUUUCGGUCCCCUUAUAUUUCUAAAUUCAAAUCAAUUUGAGGUUAUAGUUCCCUCAUUUUUGCUACAAGCUUCAUUCCUUCUGCUCAAUGAAAAUAAAUUUUCCUAUUUGCCUUCAUUUUGUGAGCAACGCAGAGCUACAUUCGUGAUGAUUCUAGAUUUAUCAAACAAUGCAAUAGAGGGGCAACUUCCAGAUUGUUGGAAUUCUGUACACAAUUUACGGAUUCUAGAUUUAAGCCACAAUGAACUAUCAGGGAAGAUUCCCGAGUCCAUGGGCUCCCUUGUGCACUUGAAUGCAUUGGUUUUACGAAACAACAAUUUGAUGGGUGAAUUUCCUUCUACGUUGAAGAAUUGCAGCUAUUUAGUUGUGCUGGAUGUGAGAGGAAAUAUAUUAUCCGGCUCAAUACCAUCAUGGAUUGGAGAAAGUAUGAACCAACUAGUCAUCUUGAAUAUGCAACAGAAUAACUUCUCCGGAAGCAUUCCUAAUGAUCUUUGUAAUUUGAAGCACUUGCAGUUGUUGGAUCUUUCGUGGAAUAUGUUAUCAAAAGGAAUUCCAACAUGCUUAAAGAAUUUGACUGCCAUGUCUGAACAAGGAUUCAAUGGAAAUACUAUUUUAUAUUAUGUAGUUAGUGCCCAAGGAUACAUGUUCUUUGGUAUGGAUGCUUAUAUGUCAAACAUUAGAUGGAUGUGGAAAGGUGUGGAACAUGAGUUCAAAAUUCGACAUCUGUCUUUCAAAAGCAUUGAUCUUUCUAGUAAUAAUUUAACGGGUGAAAUACCAAAAGAGAUUGGGUAUUUGGUUGGGCUAGUUUCUUUGAAUUUAUCCAGAAAUAAUCUGAGUGGAAAAAUUCCUUCAGAGAUGGGAAAUUUAAGUUUCCUAGAGUCCCUUGACUUACAAAGAAAUCACAUCAGUGGUGAAAUUCCUUUCUCACUUUCUGAAAUCGAUUUUCUUGGCAUAUUAGAUUUGUCACACAACUCUCUCUCUGGAAGAAUCCCAUCAGGAAGACACUUUGAAACCUUUGAUGUCUCAAGUUUUGAAGGGAAUGUUGGGCUUUGUGGUGAACAACUUAACAAAACUUGUUCUGGAGAUGGAAAUCAGACAACAAUAAAGCCUCAUGAACAUGGAAUAUUCUAUGAGGCAUUUUACAUAAGCAUGGGCAUAGGAUACUUCAUUGGAUUUUGGGGCUUAUUGGGGCCAAAACUACUUUGGCGUCCUUGGAGAAAUUAUUACAUCAGAUUUGUGAACAGACUGAUAAACUAUAUAUAUGCGUGGUUCUGGUGAAUGUGACAAAGUGUUCCUCUCGUAGCUCAAAGGCAGAAAGAAUGCAGGUGUUGCAGAUGCUCUACACGCUUCUUGAUCAGAGAGAAAAUCAAAGUUGGGUUGCACAAGGGCAAGAUAUUUAUUUAGUUUUGUCCUUUACAGAAUUUUGUGUGUAAGGAAUAAAUUGAAAAAUCUUGUUUCCAGAAACUUGUUACG